AUGCUUGGACUUAUACAUCACAUAUUUGCAUAUUUAGUCACAUUGGGUGUUCCAUGUGUAAGGAUUUAUCGAGUAUGUAUCAAUGAUGUAUGGGAGGCGUCAUUCUUGUAUAAUGAUCCUACAUUGGCAAUUUGCCAAAGUGAUGCCAAGCAGCGUAAUUUGAAUUUCUUCUCGUCUUGCCAUGCCAGUGCUGUCAGCUCCGUAGAUGCUGAUAGCGGCAAUGGUGAGCUGACUAUCAGAAUACCGCAAGAAGCCAUGCAUAUUGUUCAAGAGUUAAAACCACUAAGAGUGAGCAUAGAAUACUCACUGGAAAAACCGCAAGGGGGAAUCCAGUUUGUUGUACCAGAGAUCGAAGGAACAAUGACUGAGAAAUCAGCGCAUAUGUUUACCUACGGUUAUGAGAACUCGGCCAGACUUUGGUUCCCCUGUGUGGAUUCCUACUCGGAACCAUGUACAUGGAAACUGGAAUUCACGGUAGAUGCCACAAUGACUGCGGUGUCAUCAGGAGAUCUCAUUGAGACGGUAUUUACACCUGAUAUGAGAAAGAAAACGUACCAUUACGUAUUGAAUGUACCCACGGCUGCCCCUAAUAUUGCUUUGGCAGCUCUGAAUAAAUUAUUGUCAUUGGCAUCUUCUGCAGCUCAGCAGAAGUUCCAGAGUAACACCUGGUCAAACAUGCUGCUGUCUACCAAUGGGUUUCUCAAGUCUGUUGGAACCGUGUCGGGUAAGGAUUUGAAGACUCUGAUGGACCAAUGGGUGUAUCAGGGAGGAUGUGUUCGUUUCCAUGGUAGCUUUGUGUUCAACAGGAAGAGGAAUAUCGUAGAGAUGGAACUCAAGCAAGAUCUGACGAGUAAAGGCGUCAUGAAAUAUGUUGGACCAUUACAAGUCACAAUACAAGAGUUAGAUGGCUCAUUCAAUCACAAUGUACAGAUAGAAGAAAACAGCACAAAACAUGAAAUGACAUGUCACUCAAAAAGUAGAAGACACAAGAAGAAAAAGAUCCCCCUGGCAAAUGGUGAAGAAGUUGAUAUGGACCUAAGUGCAAUGGACGCUGAUUCACCAUGUUUAUGGAUUCGUAUUGAUCCUGAGAUGACGACGAUAAGACAUGUCACGUUUGAACAGCCCGAUUACCAAUGGCAAUAUCAGUUGAGAUACGAACGAGAUGUUGUGGCCCAGUCGGAGGCUAUUUCUGCCCUUGGACUGUUCCCAAGUACGGCCACCAGAGUAGCAUUAUCUGAUAUCAUUGAAAAUGAACAGUGUUUCUAUAAAGUCAGAAUGGAAGCCACACAUUGCUUAGCAAAGGUAGCGAAUGAAAUGACAGCAUCUUGGACAGGACAUACUGCUAUGAUGUCGAUGUUCCGGAAGAUGUUUGGAUCAUUCUCCUGUCCGAACAUCGUCAGACAAAAUCAUUUUAUGAAUCUUCAGGCCUAUUUUAUACAAAAGAUAGGAUUUGAACUCUGUAUCUUUGUUGAAUCAAAUGAAGAGGUAUUCUGUUGGUUAUUAGAAGUAGUAGAACAGGAUCCACUGCCAUAUAUAAGACACACAGUGUUAAAAAUGUUAACUAAUAAUCCACCAUUCACUAAGAAAGACAGCUCUCCAAUGAGUAACGAAACCAUGGUAGAGAGAAUAUGGUCAUUAAUGAAUUCUGGUCUAUCCCAUGAUGCACGUUUGCGCUGUGAUGCUGUUGAUUUGUACAAUGCAUUGUGGGGCAGAACAAGACCUUCAUCGCUACCCAUUCCUGAG